GCGCACUAAAAAAUCGAUCAAAAAUAAUAAUUUCCAUAUUUCCACUAAAAUCGACGUAUACGUGGACAACAAAGCAAAUGUAUUGAUAUCAGGAUUUGGUUCGAUCUAUUGUAUGGAUGCAACAUCACUAUCAAGAUGACAGUGGCCCCCUUGACUGUAGAAAUAGCUGUCGUCUGUGUGGCAUCGGCUUUCCUACUACAUCGAUAUGGCAACUGGCGUAAACAGCACUUUUUGGUGACAUUGGGGACUUUUAUAGCGUGGUAUUUCUCGUUUAUGAUCAUAUUCAUUCUGCCACUGGAUGUCUCUUCAACCUGUUAUAGACAGUGUUUGCGGGAUCGGAAUGUUUUCCCUAGAUCUUCAACUCCUACUCCGAUAUCAAAUAUAACCAUCACCCCUGCCACAAAUGGAACGACCCACAAUGGUACAACUCCCAGUACAGUCAGUACGACCAACUCAAGCUCAGCAUUGCAAGGUAUAGGGGAGGAAGGACCAUUAGAUUGUGAAAAGCCUUGGAGUUUUGUGCCAUUUUAUGUGCUACAGGGCCUAUGGAGGGUAGUCUACUGGACCUCUCAAAUACUCACUUGGUUAAUACUACCAAUGAUGCAGUCUUAUUCAACUGCGGGAGAUUUCACUGUAGCUGGAAAAAUCAAGACUGCCCUUAUAGAGAACGCCAUCUAUUAUGGGACCUAUUUGGUCAUAUUUAUUGUUUGCCUCAUAUAUGUAGCAGUAAAACCAGAUCUGCAUUUUAGUGGAGAACAGAUUAAAGUUAUAGGGAUCACAGCAAGUAACACUUGGGGUCUUUUCCUGGUGGUUCUGAUGUUGGGUUAUGGGCUGGUGGAAGUCCCUAGAACCAUAUGGAAUAACUCCAAACAGGGCUACAUGCUAAAACAGAUACAAUUCAAACUAGCUAAGUUGAGUACAGAGAAAUCAGAGGCUGAGGAAAACCUAGAAGAUUGUCUUGAGGAUGUAAAGAAAGCAUCAGAAACCAUAAGGUACAACCAUCCUCUCAGGAAGUGUGUUGACACAAUUUUGCUCAAGUGUCCUGAAAAUUUACAAAACCAGGUGUCUCGAAAUCGUGAUGAUUUCCAGGAUUUUAAUAACCCUACUGAGACACCAACAGAGAAGUCUCUUGUCCGCCUUCACAAAAAUGUCAUAAAAACGUCACAGACACACAGACGCACACAGACUCAAUGGGUCACAGCCAUGGAAAAGGCAGUAGAGCUAGAAGAUAUAGCAGCCAAUGAGAUCAGUCCAGACAGAAAGUUCAGGAGAUCAUUUGGUAAAUACGAGGGGCCAUGUGGAUGUUGCUACAGCCAAACACUAGAAUGGUACUGGAAGUGUAUACUGAAGGCGUGGGUAUUGAAGGCUGUUGCUAUUGUCCUGUGUAUUUUCACUGCAAUGGUUGUCUGGUGUGAGGUGACUUUCUUCAGCAAGAGCCCAGUUCUUUCCUUGUUUGCAAUAUUUAUACAGCUAGCCAAAAGAAACUAUGACUAUUUUUACAUUGAGCUUGCCUCGUGUAUGAUAAUCUCCUAUCUGUGUGUAUGUACAUACUAUACAGUAUUCAAGGUCCGUGUAUUUAACUACUAUUACCUUGCUUCCCAUCACCAGACUGAUGAGUACAGCUUACUCUUUAGUGGCAUGUUGCUAUGCCGUCUGACUCCCCCACUGUGCUUGAACUUUCUUGGUCUGAUCCACUUGGAUACACAUGUUACCAAGGACAUUGAUACAGUGGAGACACAAUAUACAAAAAUAAUGGGCCAUAUGGAUGUGAUCUCCUUCAUAUCAAAUGGUUUUAAUAUUUAUUUCCCAAUUGCGAUUGUUGUGUUGUGUUUUGCAACAUACUUCAGUCUUGGCACCAGGUGUCUCCACUUCCUAGGCUUCCAGCAGUUUAUCGGGGAUGAUGACAUGACGCAGGACCUCACUGAUGAGGGGAAAGAACUCAUUAAACGAGAGAGGCGAAAAAUACAGCGUUCUUUAGAUCGUGAAGCGCGCACGAAGAUGUGGAACGAGACCGUAGGGGGUGAAGGGGGCCCCAGGGGUAAAGAUAGUGACAGUGAUAACUCACGGAGUAGAGGAACCAGGGAGAGACCAAGUACAUACAAACCUGCCAAAAGUCCAGAUGAAAAUGACCGGACAGGUUUACUAAAGCAGGCUGAGCCUGUGGACUAUAACACUGAAACAGUGACAGAUUAUACCCAGGACUAUGGGGAAGAUCUCUCACUAAAUCAACAGCCUUCAGGGUACCAGAAUUCUAGAACUUCAAGAUAUCAACCACAAAAUAGGCCAGUGAAAGGGAUAUUUGAUGAUGUAUGAAUACCUGCCAAUCAUUUGCCAAUGAGAUCACAUUUCCAGACAUGAAAUAUUAGUAAAGUGUGAGAAAUUAAUGAUGUUGAUGGAUGAGCAGUUUGGCCAAGAAAUUCCGAGAAUCCAACCUUUGUUUCCUAUUUUAGAGAGGGCUUGUAAUUAUGUAGAUGUAUAGACAAGUGGUAAAAUUGAAAUGUGCAGUACUACAGUACUUGAGUUAUUGAGAUGGUCAGUCCACAGGCCUGGAUAGUUGUAUGUUGCAUGUAUUUAUUUAAUAUUUUUAUUUCAAAUCUUAUGUAUACUAUAUACAACAAAUGUACUAUGUACAAUAAAUAGUUACCUCUCAAAUUGAGGGAGCAGUUAUCCUCAUUCCAAUGAGUAAUCUCAUGGGCCAGAAAUGUUGGUCCCUGGUAUUUAGAAGGAUUUUAGUGGUCCAUUAACAGCAAUUGAUCAACAUGCAAGGCAAAUUUAACAGGUAGAAAAAUAGACUACUAGUCAAAUCUAAACCAUAUAGGAUUAAAUAUUUCAGUUCCAGUUCUCAUGGCUCGUGAUAUAUUUGGGAUCAUAAGAUCAAAAGAAUAACAAAAUGUUUAAUAUUGAAAUGUCAAAUGUACAUAAAGAAAUGUACAAUGUAAAGAAUUCCAUUAAUUUAUUCAGAGAUAAAGAUCUGUUAAACCAAGAACUAAUAAAUACUGUUGGUUAUACCAGGGGUAUAAUCUAAUUAUUAUACUUAUACAAAUGAUAUAAAACAAUAUGUAUUAUAUAAAGGGUGUACAAUAAAUACUGGAGUUAUACCAAGGGUGUUCAAUAAAUACUGUAGAUAUAUCAUGGUUGUAUAUUUAAUACCCUAGUUAUUACAAGGAUCCUAUUCAGUCAUUAAUACCCACUCAAAGUCUUUUCUGCAGUGCACCAUGUUAUAUGGUAUGCUACCUCCUCUGGGGUUGCUGUAUAUACUGUUUCUCACAACUUAACUCUACUUAGCUUAGUUUCUAACAUGAUUUGAGGGCUGAAGAAGAGAGUUCAAUGUAACAUAUUAACUUAUCUGUCUGGUAAAUCAAGUUUAGGAAU